AUGUCUACCAGGAAUGACCCGACCGGAAUUCAGCUGACAUAUGGUAUAAACCACGUUCACGGUCUCAACAUAGACACACUUAUGGAUGUCGAUAGUGCAAAGCCAGUAACUUCAACUUCGCUUUCCUUCGCCAAACCUAUAUUCAAUACUUCAGGAAUUCGAGAUGCCCCAACAAAGCUCAGUCCAGUCCAUAAUUCGUUCAAAACCUUGGUCAAAUCGCAGCUUCAGAAUACAGACAACGACUUCAACUCCGUCCUUGAUGAUCUCACUCCAGAUCUGAGCUUUUCUGGAGAAGAUAUCGCUUGUCCACCCAGGAAUAAUCCAGAAUCCAUUCAGAACACCUGCUACGAUCCUACAGUGCAAGAUCUAAUUGCCGGAUGCGAGUUGUUUGUCGAUAAGGACAAGAUUAUAGCAACUGCCUCUGGAAGUAAGGGAGAUAUUAUCGUGUUUAAUCUUGUCCGGGGUUGCAAUCCGAGACGGAAACACCACAAGACAAGUGCCAAGUUCAGCCAAUCGAUAUCUUUGCAGCUCAAGUCUCCCAUAAAGCAGAUAAAAAUGAGAUACAGCACCGAUUUGACGUUAUUGGUCGGCGUCCGAACAGAAUACUCAGUAUACUUGCUCAACGUGUUCGUUGCCAAGCACAGAAUUGGCCGCAUUAGGAAGGUUGAGUUUCUCGAAAGCAGGACCAUUUCCGGCGAGAAGUUGUCCGACUUCGAUAUCUGCACCAAGGCAGAUCUUCCGUUGGUUGCAAUUGUCGAUGUGCCAACCGAUCUUUCACGCUUCAAGCAAAUAGUCUUGAACCCAGCAAAGCCUUUUUUCUAUUUGGUAUGCAGGUCCUCGCUUCAUCAGUACAACAUCACCAAAAAUGCACUAUCCUGCAAGAUAAUUGCCGGUGCAUUCUCUCUGAUAUGGGAUUUCAGGACUUUGAACGAUCACGACCCGCUUUUUAUCCUUCUGACAUCCAAAGAGUUCAUAGUUGUUGACACAACCAAGGGAUUCAAGCGUUUGCUUGCUUGGAAGCAUUUUAUAAAUGAAUCGGACUCCUCUUGGAGCCUACAAAUAACUACCUUGGAUAUCAAGGAUCACGAGAAUUACCUAUGUGUUGCACAUUCCAGAAUCCGAAACUUCUGCUAUGUCUUACAAUUGGAGAUUAUCAGAGAUGAUAGUGGCUUUGCUAUUCCCAAGUUGGUUGGACAACCAACAUACUUCAUUCCACAUGCAUCCGACCCCAUUAAUUCCCUAGUACUUCUUCAUUGGACCGCAAGUGACAUGUUUGUUAGCUAUAAUAUUACCAAGGAUUUGGAAAUAUCAACAUGUUUGUUUCAGCUCUCGGAUUCGGCCAAAUGCGAUCUCUUUCCAACAGAUCCUGGAAGCUUUAUUACUCCUAAAAUCGAAAAUUUGAAUCCAAAUCUCGAUAUUAAAGUGCCCAUUGACUGCUCAUCGUUGUACCUGAAGCUCAUUCGGAAUACAGAAGAAUACGAUGAAUGCGACUUGCAGUAUAACAUUGACAAGUUGCUCUUUCGGGAAUAUGUGAGCACUCCAACCCCAUUACCGUUAAACGAGAUGCUGGAAAUUCCCAGAGGAGCUGUUGGUGACUUUAAUGCAUUUCAUUUGGUGUUUAAGGCUCAACUUGGUAAACUUUUGGGCUUUAUACAAGGAGAUGCCGAGAUUACGAGUUCCCCAAACACAUGGAUAGUUUCUAAAUGCUACAAGAAUGAACCUGUGACGGAAGAUGCAGCUGAAAAUCUCUGCAAUGAUUUGCAAAGCUUCUUUUCCGGAUUUAGCCGUGAUCUUACUGGCUUUCUACCAUCCUUGAUGACAAGCUUAAUACAUAUCAGCCCUACAAACAGCUUACAGGUACUGGAUCAGCAUGAAGACGAAAUUGAGAAGAAUUGCUCACAUUUACCAAAAGAUAUCCGAAAUCUCGUGGAAUCUUUUGAGUAUGAUAUGUCAUUACCUACGAAAUAUGACGAGGGUUCGGAAAAUAUUGAUAUUUCCGGACUCAACGUGGCAAGUUCGCAGAAUUUGGCAAGGACUAGACCAAAAAGCCACCGCAAAAGAAGGUUGCUAACUACUAAAACAUUUCCGAAAACACAACUUUCUCAAAGCUCCCUGUCACAAGGAACAGUAUUGUCAAGUUCACAGCAAUCUAUGGAGCCCGAUAUUAAUAUUGUUUCAAGCCAGAAAUCGGCAUCUCAAGUUUCCUCUAUCCCGGCAUCAUCACAGAUAAGUUCAUUUGGUUCGCAACCCUUCAGUUUAUCUCAAGGCAAGAGGAAAGUUAAAAAGAAGCACAAAAAGAGGAAGGUCGGAUUCUGGUGA